AUUGAUCACACACACACACACAUAUGCACACGGGUGGCCGGGGGCUGGCCCUCACACAAGUCUGAUGACAUGGACUAGCGGCCCCACUACGCCUCACUGCAAUGUCAUCCAUCGCAUGUCAGAGAUGGCAUAAAUCACACACAGACACAUAUGCACAAGCAUAGAUAAAUGCACAUGUGACAGUGAGUGAGGAUGAAUGCGGACAUGUACAUGCACACACACGCGUCCAUGCGGGUCAGGCUGCCCCUGGGCUUCGCUCACGUCACGCUGCCUGUCUGUCUGCUGGGGCCGUGAGAGGAGGGGGUUCCCCUCGUUGCACGAAUCUCGGCAGUAAGCCAGAAGGCAGGCGUACAGCCUCGCGGCCUCGCCUCGCGGGGGCGUCGAGAAUGAAUUUGUCGAGAAUCUCGCCAGGGUUUGCAGGUAAUUUCUGUCUCACUUUGGUUCCCCUGCCUUUACGCCUGUCUCUCUUUGGUUCGAUUUUGUGGGAGCAUCUCUAGCUUCAUUUGCCAUCUGGUCGGCAGGCUUCUGUUCCUCCCCUCUCGGCUCAAAGAGAGCCUAUCAGUUGCGAUGCGGCGGAAUGGCUGCAGCAGCGGUAAGGAUGGAGGGGGAUGGCUGCAUAUCAUUCAUCAAUACCAAUUGAUUGCUGUCACGCUGUCGUACGUAUCCUUCUGUGCAGUCGUCUGGUGGCGCGAGGCCGUCUGGUUCUGUGAGUUGCCGAGAAAACAACUGUCUGUAUGGAGAAAGGGCAAUUGAGCGGAUGCGCCGGGCCCAUGGCAUGAUGUCCCUUCCUCUGAUUCAGAUCGACUAGGGGGAGGAGCAACCCCUUCAGGGCCAGAUGGACUGGAUCGCCAGGCUCCCUCGCCUGGCCCCCCCGUCCACUGCCCCGCGCCCGGCCCGACUACAAGUGGGCCGAGCCGAGCAACGAGGGUUGAGCGCUUGGAGUCGCUCCGGUCUGAUGGGUCGAAUGUGCCCACUCCAACUCCGCGUACGCCGGCUGCUGUGUGCGUGAAUGUCUUUCUCUCUCCUCAUUCGUCGAUCGAUGUCUUUGUCUCUCUCUCUCUCUCUCUCUGUGUGUGUGUGUGUGUCUGUGUGCCUGAGUGUGUUACAGCGACCGAGAGACGUGUCUGGAUACAUUCAGACGAGGUAGGUGCACACGUAGAAUAAGUGGGCGAACGAAUUGUCACCCUGCUGCGCCAUGUGGAUGGCUUUGUCUGUGUCUCUUUUUGUCUUUCCAACGAACGAAUGACUAUGUCCACUGUCGCCCAUUGUGCAGCGACAAGACUUCCAUCCUGCCGCCAGUGGUUCAUGACACAUACAUGCGAUUUCCACGCUCGCGUCACUUGGCUGUCUGUCUCUCUUUUGUGCAGCAGGAGCGUCUGGUGGUGAUGGAUUCGAUCUUAGCUCCAAGCCUUCAACAGGGUACGCAGGUGCACAACACAAGAGCACGCCAUCUAUUUGUACAUAUGCCACACCAUCACACCCUCUCACUCUGUGUUGUGUCUGUGUCUGUCUGUGUUGUUGCCAGUGCACUGCCAAGUUGUGUGCUGCUGCGGCAGAUGCGUUGGUGGCCGUUUGGCUGGCCCUGGCAGCGUACAACCGACUCCCCACUGACGGCUGGUUACGGUGGGCGUCGCUGCCACUCACCGAGAGCAUUCUCAUCUGCUUCCUCGGCGUGUUCACCGGCCUCUCCGUCGCAUCCGUUUGGUGGGAGGGCAUCUGUUCGUGCCUCGGACCGUGUGGGGAGUGCUUCGGGUGGUGCUGCGAGCGCUUGGGUCGGUGCUGCCGGUGCUGUGACAAGCGAGGAGGAAAGACAACCGCUGCUGACAGCACAGGGGCAGCUGCUGAGGAGGCGGCCAGCAGAGGCACAGAUGCCAAGAAGGAGGCCAAAGAAGUCGACGGCAUAGAUGACAAGGUGAAUGCGCGCAUUUGCAAGACCUUGAGUGAGUAUGGCGGCAAGGGCAGCCUACCCUCAUCUCAGCCCAGCAGCGGUGCAUCCCCGACUGGCCGCGAGAGACGCCUCAAUGUGGUGAGCAUCAUGCAUGUUGUGUAUGUCUGUAUGGAUGCAUCAAUGCUUUAUGUUGUGCAUCGCCAUCUCCAGGACCUCCAGACUAUCUCACGGGAGGAGAUCAGGGGGGGCGGGGCGAGGGACUCGGGAUGGGCGAGGCACAGGUCGGUGCGUCUCGUCCGGUCGCUUUGGUGAAUCCAGUGGGGGGAUAUCCAUACCGUUCGAUGGAGGUAUGCAUAUGUAUGCCACAACGAAGGAAUGCCCUCAUGCAAAUAAAUGUCUGUGUAUGUAUAUGCAGAUUCAGGCUGGUCCGUUUGCUGCUGGACUUCCACUUCCGCUGCUUCCGCAGGUGCGUCGUAUAGAUAUCACAGGCAUGCAGAAGCACACACAUGUUUGCCCUUGCGUGGACGUUAUCAGGGCAUUAGUGUACGUCCCCCGGCGCUGCCGCACGGCGCAAGUGUGCGCCCUGGCAUCUUUAAUACUACGCGUAAGCAACAUAAAGACACACACCCAACACAGAGAGAGAGAGUCUAGCGAAUGCCCAUCCAGCCGCCGAGCUACGCACGUCCACAGGUAUACGCGCAUACACAAAGAAAGACAAUCCAUUUCCCCUAUGUGUUCUGCCCUCACUGCCCCUCAGGGAGCCCGAACCCACAGACGCAUGUGCGACGAAAGCGAGACGUACAGCAGAGAUCAUCUGCGCCUUGCUCUAUGUCUGCAGGCCGCCCGGCGUCUCGAUGCUGCUGCGGCUGCUGGUGGUAACCACGUCCCCCCGGCAGGACGAGAGACAUGUUUACCUGUGUGGUUACAUUCUGAUGUGUAGGGCAUUACGUGCGCAGUCUGACUGAUUUGGUGUGGGGGCUGUAUGGAUGGACGGAUGGCCGGGAACGGUUAGUGGGUGGAUGGAGAGAGGCAGCCAUUCGUAGCAGGCGCUUUCGACGAGAUGCUUUAGUUUUUUUUGUCUCUAGUGUUUUUCAAUCGCUGCCCACAUUUUAUAUUUUGAUGUAAGCGCAGUCAACGAGCGGAGAACAGCUAGACUGCUGAGCUAGUGUCCAAGAGAAGAGCCAUAAAGAACAAAGCCAGGCAUGUCCAUGC